AUGAGUAGUCUUGCUAAUACCCCUGCGCCUGCACGAAAACCGAGUAAUCCCGGCUCCCAUUCAACAGACCUGCCUCAACAGGACAGUAACAGAGGCACUAAGCGCGAACACGAUGAAGACGAUGCCGGUGAUUCCGACGAAGAGGACUCUGGCGGUCAAAAGACUGAAAAACGCGCAGGAAGAAGAAAAAUUAAAAUUGAAUAUAUCGACGACAAGAGCAGGCGGCAUAUCACUUUUAGCAAGCGAAAGGCUGGAAUAAUGAAAAAGGCAUAUGAACUCAGUACAUUAACAGGAACACAAGUUCUUCUGCUAGUAGUAUCAGAAACUGGCCUUGUAUAUACUUUUACUACACCAAAACUUCAACCACUUGUAACAAAACCUGAGGGUAAAAAUCUAAUCCAGGCGUGUUUGAACGCUCCCGAUCCGCCGCAAGGUCAAGAUACGUCAAAUCCCUCACGACCUCAACAACAAGCUCCAGUUUAUGGUAGCGAUAAUACAUCAUCGGUAGAUAACAGCAGCGAUGGCCUCUAUAAUGACGACCGUAAGCAUCAAUCACCAAAUAGUCAAGUACCAACUUCCCAAAACUAUUUACCGAAUCUUCCAUAUGGCAAUCAAUAUGGAAUUUCGCCAAGUAAUCUCCCCAUGAACGCCGGAGCUCUUGCAUCCAACUAUAACUACAUGUCGCCCGCACAAUAUCCUCAACAUAGCCAACAGUAUCUUGGCCAGUAUCCGCAAAGCAAUUACAUGCCCACCGCACAGCACUGGGGAACGGCUAAUGCUAAUGGGAAUGCACAAACUAAACCUCCGCAGCAAUUCUCGAGUCAGACAGAGAAAAAGUAA